AUGACAGCAUGCAGAUUUGACCGCUGCCGUGGUUACUUGCAGGACUACGUGCGCGUGCGGAUUACCCAGUAUAUUGGCCAUUUCUCACAACGUCUUGGUCAUUAUGCUCCCGGCCUUGCGAAGGAAACGCUUGAUAGGGCUGCCGCAGAGGCCUUAGCCUACCUACCACCGGGGGACCACGGGCAGCUAAGCCUGGAGGACAAGCAGCUGCAGCUUGUCUUCCGCCAUGACUGCCUUGCCUUGGGUUGCCUGGAUCCUCAGUGUGCCCUGUGCACACACAAUCCAUCACGCCGAUGUACUGUCAACUUUGACCGCAAGUACCUUGUCAACGACCUCCUUAAAGCGCGAUGCGGCGCCUGCAUUCGCGUUGAAUUGAUUGACCCGCUGACGGGACAGCCUGUUGAGGAGAAGCUGCCGGAGAUUACUCUACAGAUCUCUGUGCUUGAUGGCAACCUUUACGACAACAAGUUCUUGGAUAGCGGCAAGCAGUACGAGGGCGGAACGGAGCCGGCCGAGGAGUUGGAUGCGUGCGCUUUGCUACAGAACAAGAAAAAAAGCACUGCGCUGUUGGUCUGCGGCAGCGGCGGCUCCAACGAUGCAGCGGGCUACGUGCUGUUGACAAUGGUGGACGGCAAGGUGCCGCUGAAUGACUUGCAUGUCACGGACAGCAGUGAAGCCAUCCUCAGCGGCCGUAAGCCGCCCUUCCGGUUGCUGGUCCGCGCGCUGCUGCCGCCGACUGGGCCCAGGCUUAACAUCCGUCAUGCGGUGUCGGAGGGCUUCGUGGUGGCCACCCGGCGCACCCGCACUGCGGGCAAGGCAGAUAUCCCCUCUGUGGACGACCCUGUCAGCAAGUUAGAGCACAUGGGCAAGGAGACUGUGAAGAAGCUUGCGGAUCUGGCCACUGCAGCAGAGCAGGCGGGCGUGGAGAUUGAUAUUCCGGAGAACUGCGUGCAGAAAGUUGGCGAAUUCAAGUUGCUGGCGUUGCGGGCAGACCAGGAUGGGCAUCUGCGCCAGAAGCUGCAGCACGUGCUCAAGCUGAGCAAGGAAAAGUGGGACGAGGCGCGCGACCACGCCAUGCGAGCCGUCGUUGCGGACAAUCGUAUGCGGGCCUGGUACGCAGACCGGCGUUCGUGUGAGCUGGGCGUCCUGUUCACGGCACGCAUGGGCAACGUGGACCUCGACCGCCCUGUGGGCUUGCUCCAGACCCGCAUGGAGGCGGGUGAGCGCAAGACGGAAGCCAUUCUGGUGGCGCAGCUGAACCCCACACAGCGGGAGAUGCUGCGCCAUAUGCAGCCGCAGGCAGUGGCGGCGUGGUGGGCGCCAGGUCACACGGGAUGGGCCAUUUUCCCCAUGGACUCGGACACCUUUCUGCAGAGCGGCACGCUCACAGCGGCGGCACCGCCGCCGUCCGCUCUCGCGACCGCAGCUGCUACGGCCGCGGCUGCCAACGUCAUCGACGCGCCAUCUUCACCCUCACAAUCCGCGGUUUCGCUGGGCGCCAUGCCCACUCGCCGCCAGACGGGCGGCAGCGGUGGCGGUGAUAUCGGCGGGCCUGGCCAGUCCAACGACCCUGCGACCCUCCCCCCGGACAGCGCGUUGCUGGGGAAGUCCGCGCUGCAGGGGCCCUUGCCUGGCGGCAUGCCCCUGCCUGUGAUGCACAGCGUGGCCGGUCACAGCCUGAACAGCGGCGGCAGCCUGCCAUCUGCGUUCGGCGGCAGCAUGUCCACCACCCUCGGUGGCGGAAUGGGCUCUGGCCGAAGCAGCCGCGCGGGAAGCAUGACGGACAGCCCGCCUCCCAGCAUGCGUCUGCAGGGCCCAGCGUUGCCCAUGCAGCCACCGCAGCCGUCGCAUUUGUCCCACCACCAUUCCCUGCCACAGCCACCGCAGUCACAGCCUCAGCUGCAGCCGCACGUUAGUAUACACAGUCAGCAGCAGCUGCCGAACUUGUCGAGCCUGCAGCCGAUGUCCAGCUUCCAGAGCCAGCCCAGCCUGCAGCAGCACCCAAGCCUGCAGCAGCACCCAAGCCUCCAAGCCCACCCAAGUUUACAGGGACAUCCGAGCUUACAGGGGCACCCGAGCCUGCAAGGCCACACAAACGUGCAGCAGCACCCGAGCAUACAAGGGCACCCGAGCCUGCAGCAGCACCCAAACCAGCGCCAGAGCGGCCCAGGGAGUAUUGGCGGUGGUAGAGGGCCCAGCUUCUCCUCCACGAGUCCCCUCGGUCCUCCGGGCGCUGAUGGAGACGCAUCCGAUGACUUGCCGUCGCGGGGAUCGGCAAACCCACGACCGCACAAGAUGCCGUCGUUGGGUCGGGCACUGGACAUGCACUACCCGGGAUUAACACCGGACCUGCAAGGCGGCAUGAAGCCCGACUACAUUACCGGUGUGAGCGGUCGCAAUUGUGGUGCUGGCAGCGGGGGGAUGGGCAGCGGGGGAGGUGGAAGCAGCGGUGCAGGCAGCGGAGGGGCGUCCUUGGCCAACACUCCGCCGCUUACGACAAGUAAUGACCCGGGGCCUUUCCAUUGCAAGGAGGAGGUCGCGAUGGGCACACCCAGCGGCGGUGGAGCGACCGCAGGGGCGCCACCUUCCGGGAAGGCUCCGAGCCCCGCAGCAUCCGCGCCAAGUCCGCCGCACGGCAUCCAUCCUGGUCCACGAGCGCCGCCGCCAGUUCCAGGCCAAACGCCACCAGGAGCCACACCACCACCUCCGGGACCGCCCCCUAACCCGUUCUUACGUGUACAGAGCGCCAAGGGACCUGCUUUGGGCCCUGGUGAGGACACGGACGACUCUGAGUCGGACGAUCCGCUGCUUGCAACGCUCCCAUCGCUGCAAUUGAUUAAUAGUAACGCUUUUCCAACGCCGCUUGGUGGCGGUGCCACGGCGGCGGGCGUUGGCCAGCGGGUAGGGACCCACGGUGGCAACGGAACCAGUGGCGGCGGAGCGGUGGGCGGUGGUGCCGGUGGUGGAGCUGGUAGUGCGUUCACAGGCGUCAGUGCCAACGGGGGCCUCAAUGCGCCGUUGCCCUCGCUACUACACAUGAUUGACAGCCAGCAGCUAGACAUGGUGCUCGGGGAAAACAUGAUUCUCGAGACCUCGUCGUUAAAUACCAACUUAUCCUACGGCUUGUUCCUGCCGCCAGCCAUGGCAAUGGGGGAGGGAGCUGGUUUGCUCCCAGGCACCCAGUCCAAGGAACUUCUCAAGCCGACCACCAGCGGCCUGGACACCAUGGCAUCAAUGGAGCUUGCACUGCCGGGUGUUCGCAAGAACGAAGCGCAUACGCCGGGUCACCACGAGCAGAAGGCGGCGGCGAGCGCAGGCGCACGCCCGUUCCAGGCCGCUGUUCAGCGCCCAGUUCGCAUGGUUUCAUGCGAUGCAGCAGCUCUGCAGUUUAUUAAGGGUGUGAACGAGCCGACCGUUCCCGAGGUCCGCCUGACGCGUUCGCGAACGGGCGCCAACGGAACUGCGAUGUUUGUCUUCGAAAACCCCAGCAUUUUCCAGGCUUCUGGGGAAAUGGGUGACAUCACUGGACUCUUUAUGGUCGACGAUGAGGGCGUGCUGAGCACCACUGACGUAAAGGCUAAGUUCAUCAACGGCAAGCCCCAGGCAAUUGAGGCAAAAUACCAAAUGCGCAGUCAGUUUGAGUGGGAUCGUUUUAUGCGCUUCAUGGACCGGUAUGCUGAGGAUAAUGGUCUGGGCUUCGAGAAGAACAAGUGAAACUACGGGAAGGAGUACUGCACUGUUGGGGAGAUCAGCUGGGUCGUGUUAAGGACGGGUGCCUACCCCUUACUGGCACCUUCAACCCCGCGAAACCCCUCCGUUAUUGGCCAGUCCAUAGCGGGCAUUUUAGAGCCUGCGCAUAUCGUUCCGUAGGCAUAGGCUCUGAAGGAUUGCGAUCGAUAUGGAAGAUGGUUGUCGUUGUCGUCAGCAGCUGCGGGCAAAUUGCAGCGAGGUUUUUCCCCCUUUUCCCCACGGGGUGACGCCGUGCUGACGUACGGGCUGGGCAGCAGUGUUUUGCAGAUUGACGAGCGGUAUCAUGUGGAAACGGACCCUUGCGUGCUGUCCGACCGAACUUUAGGGUAGAGCGCACAGUAAGGCCUCGUGGUGUAUGUCUGGUGCGCAUGCACCACGCAUUAAAUUUUUAUAUUCCUAAGCUACUUCCUCACGAGUUUGGUCACAAGCAGGCCAUUUAUUCAUGUUUUACAUUUCAACCCGCCACCGCGCAUGGCAAAGAUGUUCCCUCCCUGUCAACCGGCACAAAAUUGUUGAAUUUGGCUUGCAAGCAGACCAUGAUGCGGACACGCGGGUUAUUAACGCCUCUCUGUAAUGUGCUAAGCCCCGCG